GUUGGUUCGGGGAGCUGUUCUCCUAUAUGAAAGGAAAGUGUGCUUUAUUUACUCCUUCUGUGGUUUCUGCACUUUUUUCGGUUAUUUAUGCCAAACUGUUUUCGUGGCAGAAGUGAUGAAACACAUAAUGGAGAGGAAGUACUUGCAUAUACGGGAUUAUUCGAAUUUUUAGGCGUAGAUGCAAGCCCUAAUAAUUCCCUGUUUAAUUCUGAUUGAAUAAACUUAUGUAAGGUUAAGUUAUGACUUUUUAGAGCAGUUAAUGGUGCUUGUAUGUUCCAUUUGCUACCGAAGCUUGGCGAAAUAGAAAACUAAAAUUAUGAAUCAGUGAAUCACGUAUUUUGUGACGAGCAUGGGCAAUGUGCAUGUUUGGUAGAGCUUUGGUGUACUGUCGGCAACCAAGCCAAAACUCCUUUUUUCCGUCUAGCAUCAAGGGUUAGUACUAAAUUAAAUUUUAGUAGUUAAAAAUGUAACUAUAGUAUACUGUCUAAUCUCAAGGCUUAUUUUAAGAUAAUUAUUAUGUUAAACCACCACUUUCACACCUUCCCAAUACUUAGCGAAAUAGAAUAUAAAUUAUAUAUGAGAACUUUCAAUACGCUUUCUCCUGUUGGAUAUAAGCUUAUAUAGUCAUUUAUAUCUGUAACACACUGUAUUUUUUCAUCCUUGUCUUUGCAGUAUUUUUUAAUAUCACAUGAAUACCCCAUGAAUGCUUAAAAAAUAAUUUUUAUCUAAUACUCUCCUUAUUUGGUCUGUUGCAGUGAACUUGUCCGCUGAUCUUUGAAGAAUUGUACAAAUGUUCACCUGUGAUAUCGCAAGAAAACUUAAAAUAAGAUGUUCAGCAAGUUUUGGAGCCCACUUCAUGAGCAUGAACUACAAGAGGCGGAUCCUAUGAUUGUUUAUGGGUCUUUUGCAGGGCACUGGAAAUGUGAUCAUUGUGGUGCAGAGAACAAUUCUAGUUCGCGUCCAUUUCACUGCAGGCAAUGCUCCUUUGAUCUUUGCUAUUCAUGUGUUUACGGUAAUAUAACUGAAGACUUUUUGGUGCAUGACCAUCCACUGUAUUAUGUAGAAACAAGCAGACUAUACUAUCAGAAUCAAAAUGGACUUUGGAGGUGUACAGUGUGUAAGAAGACAAGUCACACAUUAAGAGAAACUUUCUCAUUUCAUUGCCCAACCUGCCCUGACUUUGAUAUCUGUCGAAAGUGUUAUGUACCCUGCCAGCAUCCAAUUCAUCGUCAUGAUUUAAGGCUAGUGGACACUUCACGCGUUUAUAUGGUUUCAGGAGGUAGCUGGGUGUGUGAUGUCUGUGGCCGUCAGAGUAGGCCUUGUGAAAAGUAGGUGCUAGUCCUUUCUUGCCUUUGUUGAAAUGUCCCAGGCGUUCGACCAACAUCGCAAGGAUCGAGCAUUUCACAGAUCUAACCCGGUUUAAAUAUGCAUCCAAUGUCAUUCAAAACUGAGAAACGGUUGCUUUACAAUUUCAUUCGAUGCUGCUUAUUUUUCGUUAGCAGUGUGGUACAUGUCGAAGAUGAAAGUAGCCAGCAAGGGAUGGCUUACUAGCCAGCGGUUUUGGCCGGCUACCGGCCCUUAUUGACAGCCCUGCAUUUCUUAAAAAAUAAGUUAAGAGAAUGAGUUUGUUAAAAGAUCAAAACGUUUUUCCUUUAGUGAUUAUUUUAUUAGUUUUCAUAACCUUUACUCUUGAAUAUGUAUUGAUGUUGUUAGCAGAAAAUUGAAGUUUAAAGAAGGACCAAUCUGAGGCUUAUUGCUUUUGUAUAGCCUAAUAUAAUUCUGAAAAUGUACUUCAAAGGUCUUUUUGAGGAGCUAAUUUUUGGAGGGAAAUUGUUCACAGCACUAAGAAAUACCACAUUUCAGUACUCCAAGCUAAAACUAUUUUGGCCACCAUGGCAAGUGGUAAAACUUCUUGGCAACUUAAAUUGCAGUGAAAGUCACCAACUUGGAUGUUUGGUCAUUGUCACAUUGUUUUCUUGUUUGUUGUUGUUGUUGUUCAACAUGGCCCUCAAUCUGUACUCAUUUCUUGAUAUUAUAAUUCUGGAUUCAGCAAGUGAAAGACUCAAAGAAAGUUUAGCAGGAGUCAAUUACAAGUAAGAGAAUGACAAAAACUAGGACCAAAGUGUUCAUCAGUGGCAACUCUGAAAAUGCCUCUGUUGGAUCAAAAUUAAUCUUUAAAUGGCAAGCACUAUAAGGUAAAUUUGUAAGUAAUAACCAGACUUGUGUGGACAAAAGUAUUUUGAAUCUGAUGCUUUGAUAUCCAAACCCAGAAUAGCAACUACUCUCAACAUAUAGAUACAUCUUUGGUUGAUAGACUUUAUACCUACCAUAUUAUAAUUUUUGUAGUUCAUCAUAGUGUAUUGAGAUUAGUUUCAUUCUACAAUCUGUGCUAACUUACUGUCUUUUGUACUGUUUUAGAUUCUCUCGGCAUUGUCAAGAAUGUGAAUUUGAUGUCUGUCAAGAAUGCUUUAAACCACAAAAUACACCACUUCACCAGCAUCCGGUUUACAAAGCUAACUCGCAUGAUGUGUAUGUCCAGUUCAAUGGAGGAUGGAGAUGUGAUAACUGUGGUUCUGUUCAUAAUAAUCCAUUGGAUCAUUUCUCCUGGCAUUGCCCAGAAUGUGAAUACGACUUGUGUCAAGAUUGCAUGGGUGGUGUAAUUGAAGGUGAAAUUUAACCCUUUAAACCCUAUGAUCAAAAUUUUAAUUCUCAUUUGUUGCCCCUAUUCAUUUCCCACAGAAGUAGUGGGGAGAAGUUGAUAAAAUAUCAAAUAAAUUCAUCUUGUGUGAUCAUGUCCGUAAAGCAUUGAUAUUACAUGGAGAAAUUUAAUGCUAAUCUCUUUUAGGGCUUAAUUAAACAGUUUUAAUGGGUGUAGCAAAAUUAGGCUACAUCCACACAAAUCCAGAUAUUUCUGAAACUGCAUACUUUUUUACACGGAUUGGCCUUCUGUCCACACAAAAAAAGUGAAUCUGGUCACUGAAAUCACAUUGUUUCUCCAUAGUGGUUUAAGGUCCUGUCCCAGGGCUCAAAAUAAUUUCCAGUGAGUCUCCAGACACGAUGACCAGCCAAAUUCACCUUUUAGCUUGCUCACGUAUUGUUUCUGGUCGGUCAAAUUUAUAAGAUAAAUAAUAUCAUCAUCAUCAUUAUGCGGCCCUUUCGGUCAGGAUAUCCUUUUGGUUUGCUGAAUUGACUGCGAUUUACAAUGCCUGUAGUUCAGAGUUUUUCAUUUUCUAGGGAAAUAUUGCUAUCCAAGGCCAUAGAGCAUUCAUUCGCUAUUUGCAUGUUUCUCAUAUUACACAUUGUUUGCCCCCUAUAAUUUUGCAUAACCUUUGUUUUUAAUUUCCCUUAGGCAUUACAGUGUUCCCAAGAGAAAUUGAAGACAAUUCUCAUGUAUAAUUUUAGGGGGCAAACAAGAUGUAUUAUGAGAGACGUGCAAAUGGCGAAUAGCCUCGUGUUUGCAUGGUGGCCAUGGGCUCGCGAGGAGCUCAUUGGCCCUUUGACAGGUCUUCUUUUUAUAUCUGCUGGGUGACAUGCCACCCUCCUCACCAGCUAAAACUAUGUACACUGCUGGAGGAGCCCAUUUAGAUGCCGACCACCCAUCCAUGUGGCAAGUUGUACUGGGUUGUAAUGUUACUUAUAGCAUGGUUACCUACCCUUAAACUUCACCCUGAUACAGUUCAAUUCAACUAACAGUUCCUUUUCUUUUUUUUUUUUAGAAGAAAAAAUUUUAUUGACAACAAUGCUAACUAUUAAAAUCCUAUUUUACAAUUAAUUUGGUUGAAAAAAAGAAAAAACUAUUCAUUCAAAACACUAUUUACAAUUCCUGUUGAUUUAAAAAGCACUUAAUUUAGCUUAGAAAGAGUUAAUUUAACUAAGAAAAAUUAUUCGAAUUAAAAACAUUUCAUUUUAAUAAAAAACUAUCAGCCUCUAAAAUUCAAUAGUUUCCUUCAAAUGUUUAAAAAAAAAUAAAAAAAUAAAACAGUUACUACAAGCACAAAUGAUAAUAAAGGGUACACAAAACUAUGAGAACUUCUGAAAGUGGAGAUCAAAUCUAACUGUAACCACACAGGCUGCCUAUAACAGGCUUUUGUUAUCUGCUACUUUGCUUGUUAUUAAUUUGUAAUUUUUUAUUUCUGUGAAGCUGCAGAUCAAACUGGCCCUUCCCCUGCCCGCAUUGGCAGAACCAGGGGAUUCCAAACUCAUCCAGGUGCAGUAUGUGUUCUUUUAAUAAGUAAACAAAGCACAAAGUUUCCAAAUUGAAGCUGUGGUGCUACAUUGGUGGUGGCGGAAUAAGACACUGAAAUGUGGUUUUAUCAAACUGAGUUUAUAAAAUCUAUUUGCCUUUGUAAAAGUUGGCUCCAUCCCCAGCUGUAAGUGUCCUAAUGUGCCCACAAUUCUUCCCACCUGAAAAUCACAGGUGCAUUGAGACACUGUAGCAGCUGGAGACUGAGCCUACAACAGAAAAUAGAAAAUGAAAAAUCUGAAAUUUUGAGUGCUGGUGGUGUUAGAAAUUGGCUGAGAUUUCAUAAUAAUGUAUUAUUGUUCGUCAGAAACAAUCAGUCAUGGAAAUUAUUGAUCAAUCAUUGAUAAAUGAAAAUUGGAAAAAUCAGUUAUAAGAAUUCCAUUUAUUUUUCACCUAUGUGAAAAUCAAAAAAACAAACUUUUGAGGUCUUUUAUUUUUGCGACAAUUAAUUGAACAUUUUUUAUUAUCAGUUUAUUUCGUAAUUUGUUAUCUUGUUAAUCUGUUUUUAAUAAUCAAUGUUCGCUUUUAAUCAAUGGUCGGCAUACUGCAAAGCCUGUCGAAACAUCAGUCACUGUCAGCAACAGUCAUAUUCAGGGCUACAAUGACCUGAACGAUCGCAUUCUUUGACAAUUCAUUUUCUUUUCUUUGAAGCUCUUUCCAGCCGCCAGCCAGAAGAAAACCCAUGGGUGACACGUGAUCGUGUAACAACAGCUGAAUCAGAAUCGAACGCAGCCUGUAUGGCACUUAUCACUGAGAGAGGAAAGGCUUUGGCUUUCCCAGAAGACACUGACGAUAAUUCAAAGUGUAUAAUCUGUAUGGAGCAACCCAAAAAUGCAACAAUCAUUCAUGGCGACACAGGACACUGCUGCUGUUGCUUGCAAUGUGCACAGGUCUUGAAGUUAAGGGGGGACCCUUGCCCCAUCUGCAGGGCUCCUAUUGAUCACGUGAUUAGACAGUUUAAUGCUUGAAGUUUAGAGGUGACAUUUCUUGUAUCAUUUUGAAAAUUUAAUACUGUUUUUAUGAGAAUUAGUGCUUUUAGUUUAAGGUGAUAUUUAUUGUGCAUUAUUAAAACUUUUUUUUAUAAGCAGAAGAGUUCCUGCUACCAGGUUGCAGUGGAAACAUUUACUUCUCAUUAGAGGGGACCAUUACAUGUGUUUAUAGUAUGAUUUCGUCCACAGACUUACUUGUUAGAACCACCUAGUACAUUGUAAACCACUGAAACUACUGUUUAUUACCACAUCAAGAGAAUCCUGCAAUCAUCGUAGUACAUUGCAACUACUGAAACCAUACUAAACCGUUGGAACUAUUGUUUAACCGGAUCGACUUUGGAACUAUUACUGAAAUAUAAGGAUUUGACUUUUAAAGCAUUUAAAAUUUCACUUUCAAUAUUGUAAACCCCAGUUGAAAUAUUGCAAUUGUGAUACCUAGAAAAAUAAAUAAACAGGCUGAGACUUCGGCCGUAAAAAAAAAAAGUACAGCAUAAUAAACAGUACCACAGAAAAGUGUUGCUCAGUAGCUUUCAUUUGAAUGGUCACACUUAGGAUUUCAUCCUCAGACUCAAAAGCUAGGACCACCUUAUACAGCAUAAUUAACAGUACCACAGGAAAGUACUGCUCAGUAGCUUUCAUUUGAAUGGUCACAACAUAAGAUUUCACUCAAAGACUCGGAAGUUAGAACCACCUUGUGCUGCAUAAUGAACAGUACCACAGGAAAGUACUGCUCAGCGCUCAGCUGCUUACAUUUGAAUGAUCGCAAUUUUGAGUGCAAAGCACGAGAUGCGCGAAUGUAGGCAAAAGAGAAAAAUAUUUUUUCUUCUUCUCGUGUGACUUGCGCUUGGCGCUUAAACCCCAUUCUGGUGGUGGUGAGCCAAAAGUAAAAGAGCCCUGACCUCUUUUCGGAAGAGAUCCCGUGAUUUUCGACUGUAUAUAAAAUAGGAGAUUGUAUACAAGCCCUGAAACCAGAUAACAUAAAGUUGUACAAUUUUUUUCUUCUAAAUCGUAGACAUUAUCUCUAUGUUAACAAGUUACGAAAACCAAACAGCAAGACUUUUAUCGUAUUAGUACGUAUGUUAAACAUACAUAACCGUAAAAUCAUAAUGAUAAAUGGAGAUCACUACAGUAUAAGUAAUUAUUUAUUAGGGAAUUUGAAGAUGCUAUGUAGACUUAAUGCUAGUGUGAAAUGUCACACGUUUCCACCCCCUAACCCGUGGUGGAGAGUUCUGACCUUUCAGACUAACUUUUCAGGGGCACCCAAUGUCAAUUUUCGGAAAAUAUCUGUUCGAAAGACGAAUUGAGAUCUAGAAUUUUCGGAACAUUUGUUGUAAAAUUUCUUGCUUGCCUGCCUCUCCUAGGAUUUUCGAACAUCCAAAAAGUGGUAUAAUUGCCCAUUUUAAAGGAUUUUUACCCUAAAAAGAUCACCUAGAAUUUUCGGGAGCCUUUUACCUGGCUUAAAUUGUCGAAAAUGUAAGUUUUGAUCCCUAUAAUUUUCUAAUCACUAGACUUUCAGCCAGGAAAUCCGAACAGAUAAAUUUUUAGGGGAUAAAAAUAUGCCAAUAUCUACCGUUUAAAUACUAAAAUCCCUUAAAAAAAUGCUAUGUUUAAGCGGUUUUGAACUAUAUUCUCGUUGGGUGCCCCUGACUUUUAUAAAUGCGUCAUUCACACCAAAGCUUAAAUACGUUAAAAAAGCCGUUCGUCGAGACCUGUAGAUUCGAGGACGAGGACGAGGACGACAAAGAGGACAAGAUUUAAGUUAUAGUUUUCUCGCGUAUUCUCAAAACAUAUACACCCCGGAAAGCUUCACUGUACUUUUUUCACGAGAAAAGUUAGCGCGGGUAUGUUAAUGAAGGAGGUUACGCCCACUUCCUAGCUAAUUCUAACUAAUGAUAACUUGUUUCCGCCACUGCUCCCUUAAACCCGUAGUAGAAUGACGACGGCUAUCACAUUUUUCCGGCCAAAAUGACACUGGUUUACGCGCGCGCAUUUAGUAUCAAGAAAACCUUGUCGUCGUAGUCGUCUUCGUCUUUGAAUGUCAAAGUCUCUAGUUACGAACGGAUACAAUCGCCAUUCAUCGCUACGGCUCGUCGCUAGCGACGUUUUGCGAUAGCGGCGUCGUCUCUCUCUUGCGAAAGGAGAGGUGAUCGCUGAGCUGAAGAAUGCGAGCAAGCGCGAACGUUCUCUUGCUAGGGAUAAAACGUUGCGUAAGUGAUUUUCUGCUGACGUUGAGGAAAACGAGUGUAUAGGCCAGCUAGAACAUUUUUCAAACACAUAAUAUAAAUAUAUAACUAUAAGCUGUAGCUAUCGUAGGCAAUAUUUGAGAUAAUGUUGGAGUUACUUCGUAUGGCAAAUUGCCUUUUUUUAAUUUCUCUGGUUCACAGAGACCUUAUUUCUAUGUUAUACUGAUGCGCAAACAGAUAACAACGAGCCCCCAAGGGGACAGAAAAGGGAGCUUGUUAUCACCGCUUGCCGGCUCAAAUUGAGGAUAGCGAUGGAGGAAAACCCUUGACUUUGUUGGCUGAAUACGACCAAUCCUUCUCUCUUUGAAAUACAGACGGACUGAGGUGCAAAGCUCAAUUAACACCCGGAGUAUCAGUGUCCGUCC